AUGUCGCAGCAACAGAUUUUGCCUCAGGCAUAUUUGACGAAUUUCCACAAUCGUAUUAGAAACGAAGAUGUUCCAAUAUUUGUGACGGCGCAACCCACCAGAGGCCAUAAGAGGGCAAAAGUAGUAAACUACGCAGAAUUUGAUACCGAUAUUUUUGAUGAAUUCACCAAUGGCGGUGCCUCACACGAUUUAUCUGGGGAAAACAGGGGAUCCGGAAAUAAUAACGGCGGAGUAGGGGCAACAGUCGAAGGCGGAAUUGUUGGUAUGGGAGAUGAUGACGAGAUAAAGGCUGGUUUCGAGGGAAACGCGCCAGAGAGUGGCUCGAAUAAUACUGCGAACAAUAACGCUAAUAAUGGUGGCAAUAAUGGGGCAGGAAGUGGCUUAGAGGAGACAGCUUUGAAUAACGCGUUGCCAGAUAUACAGGACCAGGAGGAUCAAUUGAGCAUUUUGAGGUAUCCCAAAAUAAGAGACACGUUUUUGCAGAGUAAAAUCGCAGUCCCCUAUAGGUUAGAUAUACCAUCACCGUUAUCUGAAGACCAACAGGAGCCCAUUGUGAUUCCAAUAACUUUGAACCUUGAACACGGCGGACAUACAAUAUCGGAUGUGUUUACUUGGAACAUUAAUGACCAAUCUGUUACACCCGAAGAGUUCGCCACGAUAUAUUGUAGAGAUCUAGAUUUCCCGAAUUCUUCAGCUUUGCAUUCCCAAAUCGUUUCUGCGAUAAAUGAACAAUUACAAGAAUAUGAAACAGUUGCGGCGGUUGUCGUACCAGAUUUACAGGUUAUUGUAAAUCUGACGUGUUCUCUCAAUAACAGGCUCUACGAAGACAAUUUUCAGUGGAAUCUCAAUGACACCAGCUUAUCACCUGAAAUGUUUGCAGAGACUAUAGUAAAAGACUUGGGCUUAUCAAGAGAAUUUUUGCCAGCCAUUUCUCAUUCACUGCACGAAUAUCUUCUAAGAGUAAAAAAAGAGUGGUUAGAAGGCCAUUUGAACCAAGAUCAUGUUCCGAAUGGCGCAGCCUUCGGUUAUCUGUCCGGGAUAAGACUCGAUAUGGAUGAAUUAGGUGUUAGUUGGUGCCCAAAGGUCGAAGUAUUGACCCCUGAAGAGAUCCAGAAACGUGAAAUUGAAAAGGAAAGAAACCUGAGAAGAUUAAAGAGAGAAUCUGACAGAAUGAGUAGAAGAGGAAGAAGAAGAAUUGACGAUCUAGAGACAACUUUAAGGAUAUAG